UAUAGCCCAACCUUGGGUCUUAGGAGGAGCCUCUUUUUUAAUCAUAGUGGGAGCAUUAUGGAAAUGCCCUAAUCUUGAAAUGAGUCCCUCACAGUGAAAUUGGAAAACAUUUUUCUUUAAUUGAGGGACACGUUUCAAUUUUCCAAAUCUUUUUCAGCGGUAACCCUUUCUAGUUUCUACAUUAUAAAAGGAUUCCCUUUACUCUUCAACAGUCAACAAACGCAUACUGCUGCAUCUGCAUCAUCAAUGGCAGCUACUCACCUUUUCCCUCAUUCCCCAUCUCUUCCUAAAACCCUGAACCACCCUCUAACCCAAAAGCCAUUUUCCCAACUAUCCAUUUUGCCCUUCAUACCCGCCAAAAAUCUCUUCAAACGCCAGUUUCUUUCUCUCAAAGCUGUCCUCUCCCAAAACCCUGCUAAAACCCUGACGUUUCAACACUGCUUCACAAAAUCCCCAGAUGGGUUUCUCUACUGUGAGGAUACCAAGGUUCAGGACAUCAUGGAAAAGGUCGAAAAGAGGCCGUUUUAUUUGUACAGUAAGCCUCAGAUUACUAGGAAUGUGGAAGCUUAUAAGGAGGCUCUUGAGGGUUUGAAAAGUUCGAUUAUUGGGUACGCGAUUAAGGCCAAUAACAAUUUGAAGAUUUUGCAGCAUUUGAGGAAGUUGGGUUGCGGUGCUGUGCUUGUCAGUGGCAAUGAACUCAAGUUGGCUCUUCGUGCCGGCUUCGAUCCAACUAAGUGUAUAUUUAAUGGGAAUGGUAAGAUCUUGGAGGAUUUGGUACUAGCUGCCCAAGAAGGUGUUUUUGUGAAUGUGGAUAGUGAGUUUGAUCUGGAGAAUAUUGUAGCAGCUGCAAGAAUUGCUGGCAGGAAGGUUAAUGUUUUGCUUCGGAUCAACCCAGAUGUGGAUCCUGAGGUUCAUCCAUAUGUUGCUACUGGGAACAAGAACUCUAAAUUUGGUAUUAGGAAUGAGAAGCUGCAAUGGUUUCUGGAUGCUGUAAAGGCACACCCUAAUGAGCUGAAGCUAGUGGGGGCCCAUUGUCAUCUUGGUUCAACCAUUACCAAGGUGGAUAUAUUUAGGGAUGCUGCAGUUCUUAUGGUCAACUACGUCGAUGAAAUCCGUGCCCAAGGUUUUGAAGUUGAUUAUUUGAACAUUGGAGGUGGUUUGGGGAUAGAUUACUACCAUACUGGCGCUGUCCUUCCCACACCUAGAGAUCUCAUUGACACUGUGAGAGAAUUGGUCCUUUCAAGAAACCUUAAUCUCAUCAUUGAACCAGGGAGAUCACUUAUUGCAAAUACUUGCUGCUUAGUCAAUCGUGUCACCGGAGUCAAAACCAAUGGAACAAAAAAUUUCAUUGUGAUUGAUGGCAGUAUGGCUGAACUUAUCCGUCCUAGUCUUUAUGAUGCUUACCAACAUAUAGAGCUGGUUUCUCCUGCACCUCCUGAUGCAGAAGUUUCUACUUUCGAUGUCGUUGGCCCUGUUUGUGAGUCUGCAGAUUUCUUGGGAAAAGAGAGAGAACUUCCAACCCCAACUAAGGGGACUGGCCUGGUUGUGCAUGAUGCGGGUGCUUACUGCAUGAGCAUGGCAUCAACUUACAAUCUCAAGAUGCGCCCUCCUGAGUACUGGGUUGAAGAAGAUGGAUCGGUGACCAAGAUCCGGCAUGGGGAGACUUUUGAAGACCACAUGAGGUUUUUUGAGGGUCUUUAAUUUGAUUAAAACACCAAAGCCUGUUUGAUGCUCGAAAUUGGACCUGGUUUUGCAUUUGUCAUGGAUAUGUUAUGUUUUUGAAUUUUCAUUUAAUUAGCUGCUGAAUUUGGUAUGAUUUUAUUUUCUAGGCAUUUGAAACUUGCACAAAAAUUAAAUAGAUGAAAUCAAUGUCCCCUCCCCCGUGUCUCUGAUGGCCACUUCUAGUCCAACUACAGUCUUUUGACUAGGUUCCUUAUGGUUAACCAAAAGAAACAAAAGGAUUAGGAUUUCAAAUAAGACCACUGGCUUGGAGAUGGAUGGCCCAUGGUGUGGGGGCUUGAGCUACUUGAUUUGCAUGUUUCUGUUUCAGGCCUCAUGGGAUGCUUAACUGGAAACCAAAUCACCACCUUAUGUUUUUUUUUCAAUAUAAUGAUUGGAUUUUUCCCUGUUUGAUAGUGUUGAUUUUGUCAGAUGCUGCACAUUGUGAAUGCAGUGAAAGCUACAAUUUUUGGAAAUGAUGGCAUACCAAACGCAUGAAAUACCAAAUAACUUGUCAGUUUGUGUUGAAAUCAUGCAUUCAAAUUAUUUCAUCUUCCAGAGGCCAAAGCUUUAUUAUUGCAAGCGGAGAAAAAUCAUUCGAAAAAAAAAUCAAUCACAUUUCAUGACAUAAGCAAGAGGAGAAAAAAGAAACCGAUUUCAAGUGCAGAGAAAGAAAAACAAAUGAUU